GAUGAUAUGCUUAUUGUUGCUAAAAGCAUGUUUGAGGUUGAGAAAUUAAAAUUCCUUUCGGGUGAUGAGUUUGAAAUGAAGGAUUUGGGUGGUGGGAAGAAAAUCCUUGAGUUAAUGAGUACUCAAUAUGACACAAUUCCUUUCGGGUGAUGAGUUUGAAACGAAGGAUUUGGGUGGUGGGAAGAAAAUCCUUGAGUUAAUGAGUACUCGAUAUGACACAUUUCAGACUCUCAAAAGUGUUAGAACCACAUAGUGAGGAGGGGGAGCGUUCCAUGUAGCAUGUACCUUACUCUAGUGUAGUUGGGCGCUGUACUCAUCUAGAUAUUUCACAGGCAGUCAGUAUUAGUCAUUGCAAGGUUUAUUGGCAGGCAGUGAAAUAGAUUCUCCGUUAUUUACAGGGUCAUUACAAUCGGUUAGGACUUCCAUCGAGUGGGCUUGGAGAUAGGGGCGCAACCGACAAGCUAUUGUGACCAAUGCGAAGUCCAAUUUCUCCAUCUCCGAGUAUCUCUCUUCGGCCUCCCGAAGGACCCGACUGGUAUAGUAGAUCGGUUGUUGAAUUCCAUCCUAUUCCUGUAUUAAGGCCGAGCUGAUUGUAGUGGGUGACACUACAAGGUACAAAUAUGGUGGUUCUUUGAAUUUGGUUUGGCUGAGAAGGGUGGAUUGUCGAGGUAAUUUUUCAGCUCCUGAAAGACAUUCUCGCACUGUUUGGUCCACUCGAAAGCUUUUCGUAACACCUUGAAAAAGGGCAGGCUCAUGUUCGUCAACUAAAAAUGAACGGGGAAAAAGGCCAGGCGCUUGUUCGUCUACUGGUAAAAACGGUACGCACUUGUCUGUCGAUCGGGAAGCCUUCUGUAACACCUUGAAAAAGGGCAGGCAUUCUUGUACUCCUCGGUCCACACAACUACUUUGCCAGUUAGUAGCUGUAACUCCUUCACGUUCGGUGGUGGUUGCCUUUCCGAUAUGACCUUUAUCUUUUCUAGGUUUGCAUCGAUUCCUUGUUGGGAGACCAUACAGCUGAGAAGUUCGUCCAUGAAACUAAGCAACUCGUGCUCAUACAUCCUUAUUUGAUUGUAGCCUGAGAAUGAGUCCAUUAAACUGCGCAGCCCGUGCUUAGCAGUGAAAUCCACAAGAAGGUCAAUUUGAGGGAGAAGGAAACUGCCUUCGGGGCAUGUCUUGUUGAGGUCGGUGAAGUCGAUGCACAUCCUGUGUUUUCUGCUUGCUUUCAUGACCAUGACAACAUUGGAGAGCCACUCGGGGUACUGCACCUCUUUUAUAAAUUUGGCUUGCAUGAGCUUCUUUGCUUCUUUGGUGACCGCCUGAUUGUGCUCGGGUGCAAAACUUCUCAUUUUGUUGUUUGACUGCCUUGACAGUUGGGUUUGUGUUAAUUGAUGGACUAUAACUCAGAAUCGAUGCCCGACAUACCCUCAGGUGUCCAUGCGAACACAUCUUUGUUCUUGUGGAGGAAAGCAAUCAACUGUUGUACCAAUGGCCACCUUCUUUUCUGCUUGAGGGGGCUCCUUCCUUUCCAUAUCCGAGUGGCUAGUGUUGUCCUGUUGACUCUACUUAAUAAAGACCCUUAUCGUAUCCUCAGCGUUCAUGAACUCUUCUGCCUUGUCUAUGAAUUGUUGGAGGGUAGAGGGGGGGGUCCUUUGGGUAAGCUCCUCUACGAAUGGGCUCCUCGACCAAAUUCCCCUAAGAAGUGUGGCGAAGACGACGCUCAUCAUGGUCAUUGACCGAGAACUUCUCUUUGUUGAACCUGGCCAUGAAGUCGUUGAGGGUCUCUGUCUUACUCGUUUUAGGAGGUAAGCUGCAGGUCUCCUCCAGUUUCGAUCCUCAAUGAAUUGUGUAAGGAACAACUUGCACUGAUCCUUGAAAGAGUCCACAGAGUUGGAUGACAGAUUCCCAAACCAUCGUCAGGCAAGCCCUUUCAAGGUGGUUGGUAAGGCUCGACACAUAAUCUCGUCGGGGACCCCAGGAGGACUAUGCAAGCGUUGUAAGUCUCAAUAUGGUCCAAGGGGUCCUUGGCACUAUCAUACGUCUUCGUUUGAGGCACUUUAAAGUUUGUGGGGAGGGGGAGGGGAGAACACCAUGACCCUGGCUGUAAAGGGAAUAUUUGUCCCCUCUAGGAGGCUCUUAACUAUGGAAGCACGAUUGCCAUUGGCAGUUAUAACAGAUCCGUAGAAUUGGGCUUGUAAGUCAAUGUGAGCAUCAACUCGACUCCUUGCUUCAAGUUGGUCUAUGUGCUCAGCAUGUUCGACCUUCAAGCCUUGUAGGUGGGACGGAGGGUGACCCUUAUCCACUCUGUACCACUUUCACAGUCUCCGCUUUAUGCUUCUCCUUCUCCGUGGGGUGGGGGCUGCUACACGCUAUUGUGGACUAAGGAAGGGUUGUGUUGCUGGAAUCGUUGUAUCUCAUGGUUCUGCUGAACGAUGAGAUCCAUAUUCUUGGUGAGGCACAACAAUUAUGUCACAAGUGCUGCAAACCUCUGGUUCUGGUGGUUCGGUGAGGGUUUGGUUUCUGCAGGUGUCGGCAUUGUCCAUCCGCACACUUGUCGAUCAAGUAUUCGACAUGGGUCUUUUGUCUAGGGGAUUUGCAAGCCUUUCAGAUUCUCAAAAACGGCGCCAAACUAUUAGUACAAUUCGCAUGCUGCUAAAUCAUACGAGGGCACCUGCAAGAAGGACAAAAAACUGAGCAAUAGAGGCUUGCCGGGUGUGUCAGCAGGGGAAACCUCUGAUUGCUAAGUCAGUAGGGGGGCUCUAAAUAUGGGAGGAAAGCAAGACGUAAGAAUAAAGAGAAAACUUAGAGCAUACCAACUACAGUGGCCAUCCUUUUAUAGAGAAAAGAGUCCAGGCAUACUCAGUUGGAUUGGAUGGGUAAGACGAUUCAAUUGUCUGGAUUCCCUUCUGGUGUGACUGCUGAAGAAGUUAAGGCAUAUCUGGAGCAACUUACAGGUGCAGGAACUGUGUAUGCUAUUAAGGUUAGGAAUACAACUGGGGGUCCAAGAGCAUAUGCUAUCAUUCAAUUCACCACCACCAGCGAGGCUGAGUGUAUUAUCUCCUUGGCUAAUCAACGCCUAUAUUAUGGGCGCUCUUAUCUGAAGGCAUGGCCAAUGGAACUUGAUAUUGUUCCAAUGCCAAGAACCUUUCUGCAUAACAUAGAAAACAUUACUUUGCAUUUUGGCUGUCAGAUCUCGGAUGAGAAAUUUUUAAUCCUGUGGAAAGCGGAGAAUGUUUCUGUGAAAUUUGGGAGUGGAAUGCGAAAAUUACAUUUUUCUCUGUCCCAUAAUUAUGUGGACUACAGGCUUGAGCUUUUCUAUGAGAAUGUUUGGCAAAUUGAGUUACAUCGCCCACGCAAUCAAACUACGAAGUAUCUUCUGAUUCAGUUAUUCGGAGCUCCUCGGAUCUAUGAGAAAGAUUCACGCUCUUCAGGACAUGUAUCUGAAGAUCUGUUGCUCAAUUUUUUCAAGGAUAGCUCUGAUGAACAAUGGAUCCGGGCAAUUGAUUUUACUCCAUCAUACUGUAUUGGGCAGUCUUCUGGUCUAUGUUUGGAGCUUCCUUAUGGUCUCCAACUUCCAAAUUUUCAGGAAAACUUUGCUUAUUAUAAAGAAAGUGAAGGAAGAUAUGUUUUGGAAAGUGGUUCUACUUUUUCUUGCAAUCUGGAUCUAGUUCCUGUUGUUGGUCCUCCUCCCGGUGUUGAUUUACCUUAUGACAUCUUGUUCAGAAUUAACAUGUUGGUUCAGAAUGGCUAUCUUGCUGGGCCAACACUUGAUAAAACUUUUUAUCGCUUGGUUGAUCCCUGUAAGUUUGACAUUACCCAUAUAGAGCAUGCCCUUGAGAAACUGUGUCAUUUAAAAGAAUGUUGCUAUGAGCCAUCGAGGUGGCUCAAAGAACAGUAUCUAAAGUACCUCACGUCAAGACAUCCUCCAAAGCCGCCUGCUAUAUCCCUAGACUCCGGGUUGGUGUAUGUACACAGGGUUCAGAUAACACCUUCUAAAGUGUACUUCUGUGGUCCAGAAAUUAAUGUAUCAAACCAUGUACUGCGUCAUUUUUCUGAAGAUAUUGAUAAUUUUCUUCGUGUCUCAUUUGUUGAUGAGGAGUUGGAUAAAAUGUUUUCAACAGAUUUAUCUCCACGUACGUCUUCUGCAAACGAGGAUAGGAGAACUGGAAUAUACAAAAGGAUUCUGUCAAUUCUUAGAAAUGGCAUAGUUAUCGCUGGUAAGAAGUUUGAAACUCUUGCAUUCUCAUCAAGUCAGUUGCGGGAUAAUUCUAUAUGGAUGUUUGCUUCAAGAGAUGGACUAACUGCUGCUGAUAUAAGAGAGUGGAUGGGCAAUUUUAGUUCGAUUAAAAAUGUGGCAAAAUAUGCUGCCAGACUGGGUCAAUCCUUCGGUUCAUCCACAGAAACUCUUAGUGUUGGUAGGCAUGAAAUGGAAAUUAUUCCUGAUAUAAAGGUUGAGCGGGCUGGAGUCGAGUAUGUCUUCUCUGAUGGAAUUGGGAAAAUAUCUGCUCAAUUUGCCCGGAAAGUGGCUUUAAAAUGUGGCUGUAAAGGAACCCGUCCGUCUGCCUUUCAGAUCCGAUACGGUGGGUAUAAAGGUGUUGUAGCUGUUGAUCCAACCUCAUCAAUGAAAUUAUCAUUAAGGAAGAGCAUGUCCAAGUAUGAAUCAGGAAACACAAAACUCAAUGUCUUGGCAUUUAGCAAGUUUCAACCUUGUUAUCUGAAUCGCCAGUUGAUCAGUCUUUUGUCUACCCUUGGUGUUAACGAUCAUGUUUUUGAGACUAAACAAAGAGAAGCCAUGGAACAACUGGAUGCUAUACUAACAGAUCCAUUAAAGGCACAGGAGGCUCUUGAUAUGAUGUCCCCGGGAGAGAAUACCAACAUUCUUAAGGAAAUGCUCAUGUGUGGUUAUAAGCCGGAUGCUGAACCAUUUCUUUCUAUGAUGCUGCAGACGUUCCGAGCAUCAAAGUUGUUGGAAUUGCGGAUUAAAACAAGGAUUUUUAUUCCAGAUGGAAGAGCAAUGAUGGGAUGUCUGGAUGAAACCAGAACCUUGAAAUAUGGUCAGGUAUUUGUGCAAUUUUCUGGCACUAAACAUCAGGAGUUCUACAAUGAUUCCAUAAUGUACAGUGGCACUGGAUCAAAUCAGCGUUUUGUUGUUGAGGGGAAGGUAGUAGUUGCCAAAAACCCCUGCUUGCAUCCAGGGGAUGUGCGUGUUUUAAGGGCUGUAGAUGUGACGGCUUUGCACCAUUUGGUGGAUUGUGUUGUUUUCCCUCAAAGAGGAUCUAGACCUCAUCCAAAUGAGUGUUCCGGUAGUGAUUUGGAUGGAGAUAUUUACUUUGUCUGUUGGGAUCCUGAACUGAUUCCACCUCGGCAAGUUAAACCAAUGGAUUACCUCCCAGCACAAAGCAUCCAGUUGGAUCAUGAUGUUACCAUUGAGGAAGUCGAGGAGUAUUUUGUUAACUACAUAGUCAACGACAGCUUAGGAAUUAUUGCCAAUGCCCACACUGUUCAUGCUGAUAGAGAGCUUCAAAAAGCAAUGAGUAUCCCAUGUAUAGAGCUUGCAAAGCUAUUCUCAAUCGCUGUUGACUUUCCAAAAACUGGCAUACCAGCUGAAGUACCACAAAAGCUUCAUGCCAAAGAAUAUCCUGAUUUCAUGGAGAAGCCAGACAAACCCACCUAUGAGUCAUACAAUGUGAUUGGAAAGCUUUUCCGGGAGGUGAAAGACAUUACACCGAAUACUAAUUCUUCUAUGUCCUUCACUAUGGAAAGGGCAAGGCAGUCAUAUGACCCUGACAUGGAAGUUGAUGGCUUUGAGGAUUUCAUUGACGACGCUUUCUUUUACAAAAGCAAUUACGAUUACAAGUUGGGGAACUUGAUGGACUAUUAUGGCAUCAAAACUGAGGCUGAAAUAAUGAGUGGGAAUAUUAUGAGAAUGGCCAAGUCUUUCACCAAGAGAAGAGAUGCAGAAGCAAUUACUGUGGCUGUCAGGUCCUUGAGAAAGGAAGCUAGAGCCUGGUUCAAUGAGAAGAAAAGUGGAUUAGAUUCUGGAGCUGAUGAUGUAUAUGCCAAAGCCUCAGCUUGGUACUAUGUUACAUAUCAUCACACUUACUGGGGUUGCUACAAUGAAGGUAUGAAUCGAGAUCAUUUUCUUAGCUUUCCAUGGUGUGUUUAUGACAAGCUGGUCCACAUUAAGAAGGAUAAAGCAAGUAUUGGAAGGGCUCUACACCCAUCUUCUCUGGAGCACCAAUUCAGUCAUGUAUUGCAUUUGAGCUGAGAAAUCCGCAAUUUGUUGUCACCUUUGAAACUUUUUUUGAUUAUCUCUGUAGCUUACUUCUUUUUUUUCCCUCAAAACCCAAGUAUGUGUAUGUGAAUAGGAAGUGCAGACUUUAACUGAAGUACGUAAUGUUUGCUUCUUUUAUUGGCGGUGCAUAUUCCAUCAGGUCAGUCAGGUGUAAAAGGUCUAAGCGGAUGACGGGACUCAAAGUUAAUCAUUUUGCUAUGUAGAUCUAUGGUUUCUUC